AAAACGCAGCGGAGCUUCCAAAGCCAAACCAAAACCCUCGUCCCUCUUCCCCCUCCUCGUUCCUAUCGCCGCCACCCCUCCACCCCUCGAUUUCUAGCACCCAUCGCGACCCUACUCCCCAUCCCAUACCCAGCCUGCUCCUCGCACCCUCGCCGCCCCAAUGGAGACAGCCGCCGCCGUGUCCGUGCCCAGAUCCGCCUGCCGUGCCGCGCUCCCCUUCCCGGCGCCCCUCAAGCUCCAGGGCCGCGUUGCGCUCCCCCGCCGGGCGCUCCCUGGGGCGCCGAGGCAGCGCCUCGUCGCGCGCUGCGCGGCUGCCGACGACAGUGCGGCGGCAGAGCUCCCCAUCGAGAAAAGGUUCGCCGCCUUCCCGGCCGUCAUGGACAUCAACCAGAUCCGCGAGAUCCUGCCCCACAGGUUCCCCUUCCUCCUGGUAGAUAGGGUCAUCGAGUACAAGGCAGGAGAGUAUGCUGUUGCGAUCAAGAAUGUCACGAUAAAUGACAACUUCUUCCCCGGCCACUUCCCGGAGCGCCCGAUAAUGCCCGGCGUUCUCAUGGUUGAGGCCAUGGCCCAGGUCGGGGGCAUCGUGAUGCUGCAGCCUGAAGUCGGUGGAUCCCAAGACAAUUUCUUCUUUGCAGGGGUUGAUAAGGUGAGAUUCAGGAAGCCAGUGAUUGCUGGUGACACUCUGGUCAUGAGGAUGACCCUCACCAAGUAUCAGAGGAAAUUCGGGCUUGCAAAGAUGGAAGGAAAAGCUUAUGUGGGUGGCGACGUAGUGUGUGAGGGGGAGUUCCUCCUUAUUAGCGCCACUGAAUGAUCAGAUCUACCUGUGUACUAUGUGAUCCUCUUACAAGAUCCGAUUAGACUGGGUUUGUUGAGAGAAUUGAGUUGUGAACUGAACUUACAACAUGUGAGGCAAUCUUAUCUUUUUACAUCAAA